AUGUCGAGCCCAGCACGCGCAUCGUCGCCUGAUGGCACAGCGAAGAAAACAGAAACCAUGGCCACUAUCGAGGAGCCCAACACGUUGAAAAACUAUGGCUCGGUCCCGGGUGUGAUGGAAGAGGUGACCCGAGUCGUCGACCACAAGGCUGAACGGCGUCUCUGUCGGAAGUUUGACUAUCGCCUUCUCCCUAUCCUAGCAAUCAUGUAUCUAUUCAACGCCCUCGACAAGGGAAAUCUGGGAAAUGCGGAAACGGAUGGAAUGAGCACGGAUCUGCACUUCAAGCCGAAUCAGUACAAUCUCCUGUUAUCCAUCUUUUUUGUUCCGUUCGUGAUCUUUGCGCCGCCAUUCUCGAUGCUUGGAAAGAAGUUCAGUCCAGCCCGCGUCCUUCCAAUCUUGAUGUUUUCAUUCGGUUCGCUCACGGUGCUCUCUUCGGCCACCUAUAAUUUCAGUGGCAUGUUCGCCUUGCGCUGGUUCCUGGGCAUGUCCGAGGCUGCAUUCUUCCCGCUGGUGAUCUAUUACUUGACCACAUUCUACCGUCGUGGUGAGCUGGCUCGUCGCCUGGCUGUUUUCUACGCUGCGUCGAACAUUGCAAACGCUUUCUCCGGACUUAUUGCGUUUGGAGUAUUCCAGAUCAAGGGAUCCCAUAUCCCCAAUUGGCGCUAUUUGUUUAUCAUUGAGGGCGGCGUCACUGUUCUCUUCGCUGCAUUUGCCUUCUUCUAUCUCCCACGGAGCGCCGCCGAGGCAAAGUUUUUGUCCGAGGAGGAGAAGGCGCUAGCUUUCCACCGAAUUCAAGUCGACUCCAGUGCGGUGGUCAACGAGGAGUUUAGCUUCCGCGAGGCCCUCGGUAUCUUCAAGAGCCCCACUACAUACGCCUUCUUGUGCAUUGAAAUCUGUCUCGGUGUGCCUUUGCAGGGUGUCGCGCUCUUCAUGCCGCAGAUCAUCGCGGGAUUGGGUUUUCCCACCGUCAAAACCAACCUGUACACCGUUGCACCCAAUGUGACAGGAGCAGUGAUGUUGCUAGUGCUCGGUUUCUCCUCUGACUGGACCAGACUCCGAUCGCCAUUCAUUGUUCUGGGCUUCCUGCUCACUUUCUCCGGGUUCAUGAUCUACGCAUCCAUUGACGAUGUCCCAGCAAACAUCCACGUCGCUUACUUCGCAACCUUCAUGAUGACCUGGGGAACGUCCGCCCCAUCUGUGAUUCUCAGCACCUGGUAUAAUAACAACAUCGCCCACGAGGGUCGCCGUGUACUGUUGACGAGUAUCGGCGUGCCAUUGGCCAACUUGAUGGGCUUAGUGAGCAGCAACUUGUUCCGGAAGCAGGAUGCGCCUAAGUAUACUCCCGCACUAAUCAGUGUUGGUGCAUUCGGUGCUACUGGCGCUUUCUUGACGGCUUCUCUGGCACUCUACAUGUGGCUAGAUAACAAGCGACGUGACCGUCGUGAUGGAACCACGAUCCGGGCACGGGAUAUUCCAACGGAGCGAAUGAGAGAUGGGCCUGCAUCUGCUGAGUUCCGAUGGUUUUUGUAA